CAAACCCCACGUGAACUCUCCAAUCCAACUCAAGCUAUGGAUGAAGGUAAAGAUACCGAUCAUGAUCAUUAUCGCCGGCGACAAGGGAAGCCACUGCGGCCUUUUAACAACAUCCCUGACCCUCAAAAUCAUCACCCAAUUUCUCAUCCUUCAUUUCCUUUUAACAACCCAGGCUCUGUUUCUCAUGCUUCCUCUUCUUCUGCAACACCUCUCUUUCCGUUUCCUUUCCAACCAUCCCAAUUCCCCCAUCAAUCCAAAACAGAGCUUGUAGAGCCUGUAGCGCCUGUGGUUCAUCACCGCCCAUCAGUCCGGCCGCAAUUGGCGCCGAUCGCUUCUACCCAACAUGGAUUUGGCUUUGGUUACCCACCCUACUUCAUGGGGGAGUUUGCAUCGUUUCAACAGCAACAACAACAACAUCAGCAAUUUCUUCAGCAAUGGAAUGAGUCUCUUAAUUUAAACACAAGGGCAGCAGGGAUUAGACCUCAAGUGCGGGCUUUAAAUACCACGAAGCUAUACAGAGGAGUGAGGCAGAGACAUUGGGGGAAAUGGGUAGCCGAGAUUCGUCUUCCUCAAAACAGGAAUCGUCUCUGGCUUGGUACAUUCGACACUGCAGAAGACGCUGCCUUGGCCUACGAUCGGGAGGCUUUCAAGUUGAGAGGAGCGAAUGCAAGGCUUAAUUUUCCAGAACUAUUUCUAAAUAAAGAUAAUAAAGAAGAAGAAGAAGAAGAGGCCUCGCAGGCUCCUCAACAGGAUGUUGACAAUGACAUAGAAUUAGAGUCCAAUAAUGGGGCUGUGACAGAGGACAACGUACAAGAGGCAGAGGGUGUUUCAAACUCACAGGAAAUGGUUUGGAGAGAAAUAGCAGAGGCUUGGUUAAACGCGAUGCCAGCCGGUUGGGGCCCUGGUAGCCCUGUGUGGGACGAUUUGGACACCACCAAUAAUCUGCUGCUGCAGCCACAGCCUUCAUAUGGCUCUGAUCUUCAGAGACCCUCAGUUUCACCUUCUUCCUCAUCCUGCCCCAUGAAGCCCUUCUUUCAAAAGGAUGAAGAUUAAACCAAAAAGGCUGCCUUUUGCGCCAAGUCUUGUGGGGAGAGCAUCAAAUCAGUGCAGGCAGUGCACUCGUGGGCCAGUUCUUUUUCUUGGUUCCUAUUGUUAGUAUCAGGCACGAGAUUCUAGAGACUAUCACUAUCACCCACAAGCAUGUUCUGGUUUAGAUUUUUUUUUUUUUUUUUUUUUUUUUUUUUUUUUUUUUUUUUUUUUUUUUUUUUUUUUUUUUUUUUUUUUUGUUCCAUUGAUCUUUUGGCGUUUGCUUUAUGUUCUGCGGUCUGUUUUCCACUGCAUUGCUCUGUUUAAUUUCAGCACAGGCCAGCGAGCAGGAGACAGUUUGGUGAUCUCCUCUUCAUUGGGUCCAUCAUCCAUCAGGGGCUCUGUUUUUCGGCCAAGAGGAUGGCAUGGAAGCACAUUCUAUUUUCAUAUUUGACACCAACUUUUAGCUUCCCACCAUUACUGAAAUGUAAUAAUUA